CUCUUUAUAGCCCUCAUUACUGGGCUUUAUUCAAGUCAAACCACAGCUGUUCCUGCUCGAAGAAGCCAUCCAUUUCAGCAUCGGUGAACUGCACAGGACACGAGACUCCCUUUGUAUCAGGCAAAUACGGCCAAUACUCGAUCAUCCGUACCAACGACCCCUUCAACGUCAUGAGGUUUCCACUCCAUUGUCUGCCAGCCCUAUCCACCAGUUGGCUAGAAAGGAAGGCGUCAUUGGGUUUGGGAUGGAAGGUGCAGGUGUCUGGGAUAAUGUGCCGUGCAUCAUCCUCAAAGGCGUGUGUGAUUAUGCAGACAGCCAUAAGAACAAGAUGUGGCAACACUAUGCUGCAGCAACUGCUGCCUCCGGCGCCAAGGCUUUCCUAGAGGACUACUGGAUACCAAUGUCUUCCAUGGCUAUGCCUAAUUAUUCUUCGUCUCUGAGCUGGCAUCAAAGAGAAGAAAUAGAAAAAAGGAGCGUAGAAGAGACAAGUGACAGUGAUAUUCCUGGGGAUGAAAGUGGAACCGAACAUGAGCGCGGCAUCCAGUGCUAUUCCUGUCAAGGAUACGGCCAUAUUGCGGAUUACUGCCCUGAGGAUGCAUGCUACAACUGCGGCAUCCAAGGGCACUACGCCAGGACAUGCAGCCGGCGACCAAUCCGUUGCUAUAAAUGCGAGUAAAUUUACAUGUCUUAUUCAGUUCAUCAUUAAUUUAGACUGCUAACCCAACAGGUGGACGCUGGGGUCAUUACUCCCGUACUUGCUGGAUAUAGAAGGAGUACCAAACUGGU